AUGAGUGCUAGAACUAUCUUCAAAUUGAAAAACUUUUCAACAGCUUCAAGAAUUAGAUUACCAGUUAAUCAACCAAUUCAACAAUCUUCAAGAUCUUUAGCUUUAAGUUCAACAAAUUAUUCAUUUAAUUUAAUUAAUAAAGAAUCUCAAAUCCCUCAAGAUAAUUCAUCAUCAACUUUUGAUCGUCCAACUGUUUAUUCUGAUGGUGAAGUUGAAACUGCUGGUCCAGUUGUUAGAUUAUAA